CCAUGAUGGACAAGCGGGCGGCCACGUUGCCGUCCAAGUACGACGGGAAGGCAGACAUCACCUCUUAGAUUAGUUCCAUGCGGUCGUACUUCGAGGUCAUGCGGACACCGCAAGAGGACCGAAGUAUGAUCAUGGGAACUAAUACCGAGCCUGCCAUACGAAACCACAUUGAGCUCCAAGCUGUUGCUGCAGGCUAUGCACGCAUAGACCUGACUGAUUGGCUGAAGGUCACCCCUGUCCGCGUUCUUGAGGAUCUUCUCCUUGACCGGUACCAGGAUAAACAUGCUGCGCUCAAGGCUAGGCUGAAGCUUGAGGCCCUCAAGGGCCAAACAUGGAGGUCAUCCAUGCAAGCUUUGGAACAACACUUGACUGGUCUGUUCACCACUCCGGAUCUGGGAAUGACUGACGUAUCUUGUAUGGAUGUAGUCAUGGGAGUGGCCCCUAAAGAUUACCUCUCCCUGCUAGCACUCAAGGACCAUGCCACCUGGCGAGAGCUCAUGAAGGACCUAGACGACCUAGAGGCCAAGGACCUCGCCAGGCGCAAGAAGGCGCCCGCUGCAGGUGGGAAACCACAACGCAAGUGGUUUGGAAGCAGCAACCAGCUUGCAAUGCAUGAUCAUCGGGAGGCUGAAGAUCAUUCCUAUGCGGAUGAUCUGUCUCUAGAUGACGAUCUAGAGCCGGACUCCGAUACGGGCUGUACCGCAUCAGCCAUUGAGUGUGACAUAAAUGAUGAUGAAAAACUUAAUGCAUUCAGAAAGACUGCUUCAAAUAAGGGGCCUAACAGUGGUUCAGGUAACUCUACCUCUACUACUUCUACUUCUGUUCCACCUGCCUCUACUGUGAAUAAUCAACCCACUUCUGAUCCGAAUGCUUCAAAGCCAGUUGUAAUUGUUGUAAAUUCCCAAUCUGAUUUUCUUUCUUCUGAUGAGGAUGAUCCUCCACCGGAAAUCCCAACGAACAUUCGCCUUCUAUUAGAUCGAUUUCCUGAAGUUUUGGCUGAACCUCGCGGAGUACCUGAGCGUCCAGUCAAACACAAGAUCGAGAUAGUAGAAGGGAGUGUUCCUCCAAAGGGUUGUGUUUACCGUAUGGGACAAGGCGAGUUGGAGGAGCUGCGGAGACAAAUCGAUGACAUGAUUGACCGUGGAUGGAUUAGGCCUAGCGAGUCUGAGUUUGGCGCACCUGUUUUGUUUGUACCAAAGAAAGGAGGCAAACUCCGGAUGUGUAUUGAUUAUCGUGGCCUGAAUCGAAUCACCCAAAAGAAUGUGUAUUCUUUGCCCCGCAUUGAUGAUCUGCUAGAUGCGGCAGGUGGGUGCAAGGUUUUCUCCAAGAUCGACCUCAAGUCUGGCUACCACCAGAUUGAAGUUGAUCCGAGCGACCAGCACAAAACUGCGUUCAAGACACGCGAUGGGCUGUACGAAUUCAUCGUUAUGCCCUUCGGACUGACGAAUGCGCCAGCCACAUUUCAGUGCCUCAUGGACAAGGUACUCCGCCAUCAGCUUAACAAGUUUGUGGUUGUGUACCUUGACGACAUUCUGAUUUUCAGCAAGUCCAUGGAUGAGCACGUCAAGCAUCUUGAGGAGGUUUUGCAAGUCCUCAAAGAAGCUCAACUGCACCUCAACUUGGAAAAAUCUGAGUUUGGUAGGGACAGUGUCAUUCCACGCUGUUAUAACCGUGUUGCUGAUGCUUUGUCGCGCCAUCCCGAGUAUUUGACUUGCCUUGUGGACUCUUACGACCUCCGGAGGAAUCUGAAGGAGGAGCUGGUCAAACACACUGCCAAGGAUCCGGACCUUAGUCCCAUCCUUGAGCAGCUCAAGGCUGACCCCAACAGUCAGCCUGAUUUUCACGAAUGUGAGGGUCUUGUCUUCCGCCGGUACGGAAAGUUUGAUCGUUUAUGUGUUCCCAACCAUGCGCCUCUCCGGACUCACUUCUUGGAUUUGGCACAUGGUCGGAGUGGACACUUCAGCUUCGAAAAGACAUAUGGGAGUCUUUUGCAGCAGUUUGAUUGCCCGGGAAUGAAGAGAUCUGCUCAGAAAUUCAUCGUUGAGUGUCAAGUCUAUCAAAGAACAAAAGUCCAUAGGCAUAAGCCUUAUGGCCUGCUGAGACCCCUACCAAUUCCUGAUGGUCCCGGGGAAUCGGUUUCUAUCGAUUUCACGGACAUGGGAAAGGUGAGUGCAGCAGGGAAUUCACAAGUUAUGGUGAUUGUGGAUCGCUUUUCUAAAUUUUUGAACUUGAUCCCUCUACCUCCUCAUGCACCGACUGAGCUAGUAAUUGAAGAAUUUCACCAACAGUACAUUCUGCAGUAUGGACCCCCGAAAACUCUUGUGAGUGAUUGGGAUACCAGAUUCAUCAGCGCCGACUGGAAAGACUUCACAUCUCAGAUCUACGACAUCAAACUGAACAGGACUUCUGGUCGGCACCCCGAAGCCAGCGGAUUGGCUGAGGAGAUCAACCAGACUGUCAUCCAAUUGCUUCGCGCACUAAUUGUUCCAGAUCAGAACACGUGGGACAAGGAAUUGCACAAAGUGAAGGGGCUGUACAACAACUCCAUUCACUCUGCGACUGGUGUGACACCAAACCAAUUGCAGUAUGGAUGGCCGAUGCGUAAUCCCCUCUCCUAUCUGUUCCCCGAACGGUCACCUGGUCUGAUGCCCGACAUGCCUGGCUACAAUGCCAAGUACGCACGCUUGUUCAAAGCUGCUACAACAACUAUGAACAAGCGCCAGCAUGCCAUGAUCAAACAUGCCAAUAAGCUGCGCAAAGAAGAAAAAUUCAAAGUAGGGGAUUAUGUUUGGGUCAAAAUGUCUGAGUUUUCUGAUGAAGAGGGCAUAUCACGGAAGCUUCUUCCACUGUACUACAGCCCUUGGCAAAUUUUGAAGGUAGUCGGGGAUGACUUUGACCCUUCAUUUGUGAUUGACGUGCCUCCUCAUCUGCGCACGUAUCCGGUCUUCCAUGCCUCCAAAUUGUUCCCACACAUUGAUGAUGAGAUCUUUCCCUUCCGAGACCCUAUGAUACCUCGCCCUAUUGACGGCGGCCAUGAGAUUGACAGAAUCGUUUCUCACGAAGGGAGAGGGAGGAACAGACAGUACAAGGUUCACUUCCUCUACCAUCCGUUGAACGAAUUCUUCUGGAUUGACCGGAAAGAGCUGCUGAAGAGUGCUCCACGUGUUGUGAACGCAUAUGAACGACAGAUUGUUGAUGGACAGACCGCUAAGUUUGCGGCAAAACUCACUCCACCUCCAGUGGCAGUUACAAAAGGACUGGUAGCAAUUCAUGGUAAAAGAGGGAUGGCAAUGGACAUGGACACAUUUCUGCCAAACGGGAUGGAUGACGAGGGCUUCAUGAAUAUAUUGAGAACAUGUUCAAUGCUGGAGUCAAUCAUCAUGCUCGUGCAGUCCACUUGGGGGGGAAGGGGUGAGGUUGAGGGAACUCCCGCAGAAGGUUACCCACCUUUCGGCCACACAUUCAGGCGCAUUCUGAUUUCCGACAGAGGCAUGAGUGCAAGUGGUAGUGGUGGUGGUGGUGGUGGUGGUGGUGGUGCUGCUGCUGCUGCUGCUGCUGCUGAUGAUGAUGAUGAUGAUGAUGAUGAUGAUGAUGAUGAUGAUGAUGAUGAUGGCUAGAGGAGCAGGUGGAGGAGGGGAGGAGAGGAGGAGGAGGAGGAGGAAGAGGAGGAACGAGAAGAAGAAGGGAAGAAGAAACAUACCGAAUGGCACCCACUUA